UUCUUUAAGAAUGUUGUGUGACGACGAGAUGUCGUACGUGUUCACGAACAGUUACUUGUUAUGUUUAGUCGUUGUGUUGUGAAAGAAUCGAUGACCGUUGAAUUAUUGUGAAUCGUUUCUGGUGUUCUCUGUAUUCUGGCUGCUUUGAAUUAUGCAAUUUUAUAAGGAGAAUCUGCUGUCGCCCGGACAACUGAAACGCCUGAGCGAACACAAAUACAGCUGCACCACCAACAGUCUCCUGGAUGGGCUACUUCAACCGUGGUGGGACUGGCUAGUCAGCAAAGUUCCACUUUGGCUUGCGCCCAAUUUAAUCACGAUCCUAGGUCUCAUCGUCAACAUUGUGACAACUUUGAUUCUUGUUUAUUACAGUCCCGAUGCUAGGACCGAGGCACCCAGGUGGGCAUGUUUCUUGUGCGCACUUGGUCUGUUCAUUUACCAAAGUUUGGAUGCUAUUGAUGGCAAACAGGCCAGAAGAACAGGGACUUCAACACCUCUGGGUGAACUGUUUGAUCACGGAUGUGAUUCCAUAUCAACUGUGUUUGUUGCUCUGUCAGCAUGUAUAGCGGUACAAUUAGGAUAUUAUCCAACAUGGAUGUUUUUCCAGUGCUUUUGUGCUAUGACACUUUUUUAUUGUGCUCACUGGCAGACAUAUGUUUCAGGGUCACUAAGGUUUGGCAAGAUAGAUGUUACAGAAGCACAAUUUACAAUUAUAACUAUUCAUCUCAUUUCUGCAUUCUUUGGACCUAAAGUGUGGAUGAUGGAGAUACCAUACAUAGAUGGUUUUAUGUUUAAGUAUUUAAUAGGAGUUAUGACAGUGAUUUGCGCACUGUACAAUUUGUAUUCCAUCUUUUCGGUGAUUUUCACCGGAGGAGUGGGCAAGAAUGGUUCAACUGUGGCUUUGCCAUACACUGGCACAGAGGUCAAGGUGUUUCCAUUAUGGGCUGCUGUGGGCAUCGCUAUAAUACUUGCACAGAGCAGCAUAUCCGUCAUUCUAGCCGGUGGUGUCGGAAAAAAUGGCUCCACCGUAGCAGGAACAUCAGUUUUAUCUCCAAUUAUUCCAUUUAGUUUUGUGGUAGUACCAGCUUUUAUAAUUUAUAGAAAAAGUGCUGAGCACGUAUAUGAAAGUCAUCCUGCAUUGUACAUACUUGCAUUUGGAAUGGUUGCAGCUAAAGUUACCAAUCGAUUAGUGGUUGCACAUAUGACUAAAAAUGAAAUGCAAUAUUUAGACAGUUCGCUGAUUGGACCAGCCAUGCUGUUCCUGAAUCAGUAUUUCAAUUUCUUUAUCAAAGAAUAUUAUGUUCUUUGGUUGUGCUUUAUUUGGGUUACUCUGGAUUUACUCCGAUAUAGUUCUCAAAUUUGCCUUGAGAUCUGCGAUCAUAUGAAGAUCAAACUGUUUAGGAUACCAUUAGGAGAUCAUCGAACGAGCCAGGUUUCUAGUGCAGCUGAAAAAAAUGUUCGCAUGAUGGUGGAACAAGAGCCUCUGUUAGACGGUGAAUAUCAUCACGGAUCUGACACUACCCUCGACCUAUGACAGUUGCAAAAGUAUUCAUCGACGUAGAGAUGAUUAAUUAAACAUGUAGGGUGACACAAACAUCUCUACCUUAACAUUUAACAUUAUCAUACAUACAAUAACGCAUAGAGGAAUAACAAGUGGCAAAUUCUAUUGCAACAUGUUCCUUGAUAGGUAAUCAAGAGAUUUUAUAUAUGAAGAAAGUAAACCACACGAAGAGACAAAGAACAAAUUUGUUUGGUUUACAUUGUAGAUGAUGGCAGAAGAGUUUUUAGAUGUAUUUAUAACAGUGAUAGACACGAGACUAUCUAACAGUUCAAAAGUUUGAACUGCAGAGAUUAAUGUAAUGUUAUCUGUAAAGUACAAUUUUAUUACCGGUGACUGACUAUGAAGUAGUUCUUGUACAGCCAUAAGUACUCGCGAGAUAAAACUUUGUUACUGUUAAAACAAUUUUACAAAACAGUAGAACCAAAUAGCAAAAAUUAUUAUUCACAUCUUUAUUAUUAUUAUUAUUAUUAUUAUUAUUAUUAUUAUUAUUAUUCAAGACGAAACAAAAGAAAACAACGAUCGAAUAUUCCAUUUUUUAAAAAUUAGAGAUGUUCCCUAUAGUCGAACACGAAAUUUUUAGCAUAAUGAAACACGCAUUAUUUCUGUCAGUUAUUAUUAAGGAAUGGCUGCUCCCAUUUUCGAUGGGUGGCACAUGGUACUAAAUUGAAAACAAACAUCCACCCCGAAAUGUAUACUAUUUAAUAACGAAAGUAAGAAAUGAAGGUGAUAAUUUUGUAUUGAUACUUAUUGCGUAAGACUUGUAAACGGUGUGGUGAUAAUGCUUAAUUCGAAUGCUUAUAUUUAUCUACGAACAAUUUGUAUUCAUCUAAUUAGUAAGAUAACGAAUUUGAAUCCGAGCCGUUGCUCGAGGAGUUAUUACAUUGUUGCAUUAUCCUUAAAGCAAUUCACAUUUUUUCUUCGAUAGUUCUUUACACCUAAUCGAGAUUAAGAAAAGCAAAGGAUAAAGUAUGUAAAAAGUUCAGAUCAUGAAUAUUAUAGAUCCUGUUAGAAGGAUUAAAAACCAUGUAAAUUAUGUAAAAUAAAAUUUCGAAUGAAAUUUCAA